AGAGAUUUCUUCUUACAAAUGGAAAAAUGAGUUGUAAAAAUGUCAACGUUGGCAACUUGAACCUCAUUCAGUGGUAUAAGUAUAUAAGGGCUAAGCAGUAAAAGACCGCAUCAGAUCUUUGACGAUGAUCAGACAGGUAAUACUGAGCACUCUGGCCCUUUCGGCAGUGGCCUUCCCACAGGCUCAUCCAGGGCCAGCCCAUCCUGGUCCUGCACACCCUGGUCCAGCGCAUCCAGGCCCCGCCCACGUCAGCCCUAACCACCCAACUUUAGCAGCCCACGUAAGCCCCCACGCCCCUAACCAGGCAGCCCACGCCUUCCCCGCCCACGUCAGCCCUAACCACCCAACGCUGGCUGCCCAUGUCAGCCCAUUUGCUCCCAACCAAGCAGCACAUGCUUUCCCCGCCCACGUCAGCCCACAAUUCCCAUUUCAGAGUGCCCACCCACUCCCACCAGGUGUUGACCCUGCCUGUGCUGACAAAUACCCAUUCUGCGAUUAAGAGCCUUAAAAUGAAAACGUAUUCCAUCCAGAGACUGUUCCAAAGACAACCAGCUCGGAAAGCGAGACCUCUUUCAAGACGGAAUUUUCUUCUUCUAGCGGGACUCGAGAAGGAAAACGGACAUCUGUUAUUCCCCAACCAACUUCACCCAGCUACAAUCAAUCUAUUUAACGUCAGUGGGAUUUCUGGUGAGAAAGGCCCAUUACAGUAUUUAUACACAUAUCAAGACGUUUUCAUUUGUGACAAAAUAAAUUUGAUAAAAAUUUGUUUGUGAGUACUGGUGUUCAAGGUUUAAGCUGAUAUCGCCUAGUUGGCAUUUUGUAAAUAAUGCGUUUACAAUGUUGACAAUAUUACUAGAAUAAACUUGUUUUAUUUG